AUGGACGGGAGUCACUGGGUGAACAUGAAUGUGAUCAUUGAGGCACUGCAUUCAAGAGGUCACCAGAUAACUGUUGUACGAGCACCAGACAGCUGGUACAUCAAGGACACCUCCCCAUACUAUACCUCAAUUACUCUUGAAACGGAGUCUGGAUUUGAUGAAGACUUCACCACUGAUUUUGCAGCCAAGCUGCUGGAGCUCCAAAGAGAGGGGAGGUCAGCUUGGGCUCGUUUUAAGCUAGAGAUGGAACAACUGCAUAUAGCCUCAAAACUGCAUGAAGGCACAUCCAAAAUGCUUGAGCUGCUUUUUGAAAAUACCAAUCUGAUGAAGAUGCUUCAAGAUGCAAAAUAUGACCUUGUCCUAACAGAUCCAGUUUUUCCAACGGGGAUUAUAUUUGCCCACUAUCUCAGGUUGCCACUCGUCUUCAAUGUCAGAUGGACUAGUUUUGGGGAAGGCCAUUUUUCAAUUGCACCCUCUCCUCUUUCUUAUGUUCCUCUGCCAGGGACUGAGUUUUCAGACAAGAUGAGCUUUCUUCAGAGAGUUCUUAAUAUUUUGGGUUAUGGCUUUGGAAAAUAUGGAGCUGCAAGUCAUGUGUCAAUACAUUAUGAUGGCAUAAUAAGAAAAUACCUACAACAGGACACAGACUUGGAGUCCCUGUAUCAGGCUGCCGAUCUCUGGCUCAUGAGAGUGGACUUUGUCUUUGAAUUUCCUCGCCCCACCAUGCCCAAUGUUAUCUAUAUGGGAGGCUUUCAGUGCAAACCUGCUAAACCACUUCCUGCAGACCUAGAGGAGUUUGUGCAGAGCUCUGGAGAGCAUGGAGUCAUCAUUAUGUCACUGGGGACGAUAGUUGCAAAGCUUCCCCCUGACUUUGCAGAUGAGAUUGCGGCAGCUUUUGCUAGAAUACCUCAGAAAGUCAUCUGGAGACACAAAGGUAAAAGGCCAGCUAAUCUAGGCAACAACACUUUGCUGGUGGACUGGAUGCCACAGAAUGAUCUUUUAGGCCAUCCAAAGAUUAAACUUUUCGUGGCUCACGGAGGAACAAACGGUGUUCAAGAAGCAAUUUAUCAUGGAGUUCCCAUCUUAGGUGUACCACUGAUUUUUGAUCAACGUGAUAAUCUGUUUAAAAUUGAGACAAAAGGAGCAGGGAAAAAUAUAGAUAUCAUCACUAUGGAUGAAGAAAUCUUUUACCAGGGCAUUCAGGAAGUCCUGAAUGAGCCCUCAUACAGAAUGAACAUGCAGAGACUCUCCAGGCUGCACAGAGACACUCCCAUGAAGCCACUGGAUAACGCCCUCUUCUGGAUUGAGUUUGUCAUGAGACACAAAGGUGCAGCUCACCUGAGAACAGAGUCCUACAAGCUGCCCUGGUACUCCUACCACUCUGUGGAUGUAAUGUUAUUUUUAGUAACUCUUGCUCUACUGAUAUUGUUGUGUUUUGGUGGGUUAGUAUGGUCAUGCUGUAGAGUGUGUCUGAAAAGGAAAGUGAAAUCUGACCAUAAAGGAAAGACUGACUGA